UAUAGAUGGCGCAAAUAAAGCUCUUCAUUUGCAAUUAUUAAAUACCAGGUAUGUUCCAUUGAAACCGGUUACCGGUCGCAUAUUUCUUUGUGAGUCGACGAGCACGUAGGACGUCUCAGUGAACUGUAAAGUAGACUUUUUGCUACAAAGAAAAGAUAUAAGAGGUAACUAUGCCAGUUCCAGCUAUUCAGAAACCAGCUCCGGCUUUCCGUAGUACUGCAGUUGUCAAUGGACAAUUUAAAGACAUCUCUCUUUCUGACUAUAAAGGAAAAUAUGUUGUUCUUUUCUUCUACCCAUUGGACUUCACAUUUGUUUGCCCAACUGAAAUCAUUGCCUUCUCCGAUCGCGCUCAUGAAUUCGAGCAAAUUGGAUGCAAACUGAUUGCAGCAUCCACUGACUCUCACUUCAGCCACUUGGCAUGGGUAAAUACCCCACGUAAACAGGGUGGCCUUGGUGAAAUGAACAUUCCUCUUCUUGCUGAUAAAAGCGCUAAGAUAGCACGUGAUUAUGGUGUGCUUGAUGAAGAAACCGGAGUUCCAUUCCGCGGUCUUUUUAUCAUAGAUGAUAAACAACACUUGCGUCAGGUUACAAUUAAUGAUUUGCCGGUCGGCAGAUCUGUUGACGAGACAUUGCGCUUGGUUCAAGCAUUCCAAUACACAGAUAAACAUGGAGAAGUAUGUCCAGCUGGCUGGAAACCAGGAAAGAAAACCAUGAAGCCUGAUGUUAACGGCUCAAAAGAGUAUUUUAAGGAUCAAUAAAUUAAUAAGAAUAUUCAUAUUUUAGAAAGACGACUUACGUCUUCUGUUACAUUUUUUUUUUGUUUCAAAAAAGAAUCCGUGGUUAUUCCACAAUGAAUAAUGUACUGAA